AUGACUUUCUCCGUCAAAGGUGGCAACUACUCGUCGUCGCAUCCCAGCCCUGUGAUGCACCCCUACGUCUCGCCGUCCUUGCUGCCGCAGUCUCACGGACAGCAAGCGCCGCCAUCGUUCUCCUUGGGGGACGAGCAGUACGUAGGGGUGCCGAAGCGUGUCGGUGUCGACCCCACCAAGUACAAAACAACCAUCUGCCGCAACUGGGAGCAGACAGGGACAUGCAACUUCCGCGGCUGCACCUUUGCCCACGGCGUCGAGGAACUCCGCGCGCCUUUACGGCCUGAUGGGCACACACCGGUGCUGCGCCCGCAGCACCUCUCUCCUGGCAACACGCCUCCUCUGCGUUCCUCGCAGGCACCGCCGCCGCCGCCUUCGUCAGGCCACUACACACUCGAGCAGUUGCUAGAUAUGUUGUACAAAGAAGUCCUUCAUCAGCGCGAGCUCGUGGCAGUGCACGUUGAAGCCAACACCACACUUGAGGGCAUGCUGCGCCGUGAGCAGGCCCAGCAUGGUGUGUCUAAGAGGAAGUUGGAGGAGAAGACGCAGCAGUGCGAGCUACUCGCAAAGGAACUGUUUGCCCGCAAUCAGCAACUGCGUAAUGCAGCGGAUAGCUCUCCAGAGGUCAAAGGGUUGCUCGAUCAAUGGGAGGCGCAGCUGGUGAGCUUCUCUGAGGCGGAUACGAAGAAGGAUGAUGCAUUUUACACCGCCCCCGCCACAUCCUCAACUGAUGACGGUGGGGAGACUGGAAAAGACUACGAGAGUGCGCGUAUUGAGGAGCUACUACGUGCUUUGCAGCAGUGA